UACCCUAAAAUUAUUAUUACUAUUAUUUAUUCCCCCCGCGAAAGUUAAAGUGACACCUGUCUAGGCAACGAAUGUUUUCGUUUUCCGAACCCGUACACCCGCAUUCAACUUUCACAAAACAAAAGACUCAUAUCAAUUGUCUUUAAUUAUUUUUUUUUAUUUUAUAAAACUAUAUUAUUUAAUUUAAAAAUUAAUCACGGAUAGUUUGUACCAGAGCACUCUUGUCCACAGCAAAAUAAUGCUGGAGACAAGAUCAGCGGUUUACAAAAUGUUGCAGCCAUCAGCGAGUGAAGAAAGAAGGAUUGUUAAAUGGCCGCCUCCAUAUUCUAUGACUAUGACACCUUACCAGGAAAGAGAUUUUGAUGUAACAGUACGCCGGGCAUGUUUGUCAGUAUCUAGUGCUCCCAGAAUAUCAAAACUUAUUGUCCUCGGUGAUGUUGCUGUUGGUAAAACUUCACUGGUCAAUGUUUUUUGUCACAAAAAAUAUAAUAAUAAUUACAAACCUACUAUUGGGGUUGAUUUUGAAGUUGAGAGAUUUGAUAUUCUCAAUGUUCCCUUCAAUUUACAAAUAUGGGAUACUGCAGGCCAAGAACGUUUUAAAGCAAUAGCAGCGUCCUAUUACCGUGGUGCCAAUAUCAUAAUGCUCGUAUUUGAUUUAACAAGUUUACUAUCACUGUCUCAUUGCAAGCAAUGGUUGGAAGAAGCUGCUAGAUCAAAUACUGGAAAUUAUUUUGUAUUUCUUGUCGGUACUAAAAGAGAUUUAAUGUCGACCCAAGUUUACGAGAUAGUAGAAAAACGUGCCAUCACAAUCGCCGAGUCUUUGAAAGCCGAAUACUGGUCAGUUUCUUCAAAAACCAACGACGGAAUCACCGAAUUAUUUUCCCGUAUCGCAGCUCUAUCAUUUAGCGCCGCCAUUAUCCGGGAGCUUAAUUCUACAAAACAGGAGCAAAAAAUAGGAACAAAUUUAAUCACAUUGAAGCGUCAUGAACCUGAAAUAGAAAAAAAAAGCAAGUUUAUUAAAUGGCCGUCAUGCUUCAACUGACUGUAAAUAAUAAAAAAAGAUCAUUUAUAUCAAUAAAUAAGUUAUAAUUACCAACAAAGUGGAUCCAGGAAAUACCAAGAUUGAAGAUCCAAGAUAAAGUUUCCCCUUCUUUUUCCUUACUCACCAAAACUAUCCAUGCAGUCUUCUGUCAGAUCGUCAGCAGUCGGUUUUUAUCCGUCGCCGGGAAAGGUGUUAGCCAUUGUACCUCAUAUCACUGUUAUAUCAUCCUCAUCCACUCCAGUGAACCAUCACCCGUGAAUAAAAUUUAUCAUCUUAUAUUAAAGUGACUGAAAACGUAAAACGUCACCAGUUUA